AUGAGCAAUGCUGACAUUAAGAAAGAGUUUUACUCUCUCGAAUGGUUUAAAAAGGCAGAAUAUCAAAUUUUUGCGUUUCUGUAUCUUCAGUUGUAUUGCAUGAUUUCAUCAGCAGUGUUUCUGUAUCUUCAGUUGUAUUGCAUGAUUUCAUCAGCAGUGUUUAUAAGAUUUCGCAAGUUUGACAUCCAAACCAGAAGUUCAACAAUCGAGUACAUUGAUCAAGUUACACAUCUAGGAAAACUUUUUGAGUUAUUAGCAGAAGCCCUUGGUCUCAAACAGGAUCACCUAGUUUCCAUGGGAUGCGCCAAAGGACGCACUUUUGUUUGUCACCACUAUCCAGCACCAGCAUGCCCAAAGCCAGAAAUGACUUUGGGAACCAGCAAGCACACUAAUCUUGGUUUCUUAGCCAUUGUUCUACAAGAUCAAAUUGUUGGCCUUCAAGUCCUCAAGAAUAACCAGAGGAUAGAUGUUCAGCCCCUAGCUGGGUAA